GUUCUCUAUUUGCAAGGAUCGCCGACAACCUAACCUGCUUGGCUAACACUGAGAAAAGCUGUUUGUGGAAGGACCUCAGAGAGAUCCCAUGUUGGAUGCUGCGUGAGCUCACUGAGGCAGUCUUCUGUUCUCUGUGCCCAUCUUACAAGUGAUAAUUCCAAAAAUCAUCAUGGGAAGAUCUGUUCAUGGUGGCUGGUGAGCACAAGGCAAUGCUAAAGCAAGUCUGCUCCACUGAAGAUCCCCAGGAUGUGAGAGAAAAGAAGCUGUGUGAGGGGGAAGAAGAUGUUGCAAUGCAAGUUUCAAAACGAAUACAGCAUUCCCUGCCAUGGGAAGAGCUAGCCUUGCCUGCUGGAGCCAAUACAGUGCAAUGGCAUAUAACAGGACUUGGCUCGAGGGGCUGCUGAUGAAGAGCGACUCGUAUAAGGACAAUGACUACCACUGGGCUGACUGUGAAGUCACUCAUUUGAAUGAAGUCCCUGCCACGCUGCUCAUCUGCCUGUGCGGGCUGGUGGGAAAUGGGACUGUCCUCUGGCUCCUCGGCUCCCACAUCCACAAGAACCCCUUUGCUGUCUACAUCCUGAGCCUGGCUGCCGCUGACUUUGCCCUCCUCGUCUUCGUGGCUGUUGCUCUUGUGAUAUUUUACGGCCCAGAGAGCUUUUGUCACAGACUGGGCUCCCGGGAUGUAACAACUCUAUUGAACAUCAUGAUCCUCUUUGCUUUCACCAGCAGUGUUUACCUCCUGACAGCCCUCAGUGCCGCGAUGUCUUUUUCCAUUCUUCUUCCAGCCCGCUGGCACUGCCACUUCCCCCAGCACUUGCCAGUCUUUGUGUGUGCCCUGCUCUUGGCCCUUUCCUUCCUACUAAUUGUAAUGCUGUAUUUCUCUCCUACAGUGCUCAUCGUCUUUGUCCUGAGCUACCUCUUAUCUGUGCUUCUCUUGAUUCUUUCUGGUCUAAUCCUAUUUGCCCAGGUCUGUUGUUGUUCACAGCAAUAUUCUCCAGGUAAGCUCCAUAUUGUCAUUCUACUCCUUGUUUUUUUCUUCCCCUUCCUCACUGUUGACUUUGGUUACUGGAUCUUGCUAAGACUGUUUGAUUUUUCUGUUUUUGUCUUUGACACCUCCCUCUCUUUUGCCUGUGUGAACAGCAGUAUCAACCCUGUUAUUUACUUCCUGGCUGGGAGCUGUACAAAGAGGAAGUUCACAGCCUCUGUUAGAAUUGCUUUCCAGAGAGCUUUAGAGGAUGUAGCAGGGCCCCAAAAUAGAGGUGAAACUCCUAGAGAAAACACAGUGGAGACAACUGUUUAAAUCUCUGCAGCAUCCAUCCUGAGAGGAGAUACUCUAGGGACGGAGGUAUCCCAUGAAACAGCGCAAGACAAGGAAGAUGACUUUGGUACAGAUCUGGAUGCAACUCUAUGGAGUUAGCUGCAACGCAACAAAACUUGCUGAGUGGCAUGGAGACUCCUGCCUUGAUGAACACUGAACAGGAUGGUGAAAUAGCCACUGAAACCUUUGCUUUCAAUCUGUCCUAUCCAACAGGUCUGAGUUUUCCCUGUUUCAAAAGUGAUCUUGCUCUAACCCAUGCUCUGUUAAAACAGAUCCAUGGAGGCUCACAGCUCCUUCUGGUGUGUUUUGAUGAGUUUGCUUAACUGGUGAAUAAGAGAUUUUGGCACAGCAAUGCAGAAUAAUUCCUGGGCAAAGCUUUGUGUGUGCAUCUCCAGCGGGUGUGGACACGUGCAAAGAAUAUGUGUAGACCUCACAUUCAGCUUUGUUAACAGGCAAGCAGGCAUGUGUUUGCAAUCAUCUCUGGAUGGCUUUCCCCAAAGCGCAUUGCUUCUGGUAACAACACUGUAAAUUGAAUUUCAUCUGCCCAUUAUGUAUGCUGUCUGUAUGAAAGAUUUUUGACUGGAACUGUCUGCCUGUUGUGGUCUCCGCCACUUUUCUCUGGGCUGUCUGGAUGGUUAGCCUGAGCAAACGCCAUUUCGCAACCAUGACCUGAGGUCUUGUAGCCAGUUCUAGUGUGUCUGUUCCUCAUCCAAAAAAACCUAAGAGGAGUAUGGUUAAAACAAAACAACCCCAAAAGCACCGCUCUGCCCUAAAACUCUGUAAAGACUAGAUUUUCAAUGUAAAAGAGGGUACAGGGAGAACGAAGGAAAAUAACGGACUUUUUACAGAGAAGACCUAUCUGAUGCCAUGAAUCCCUGUAGCCUGACAUAGGCACUCUCCAGGUAAAAGGAGUAAUGUGCUUUCUGUGUUCCUCAGUCCCUGAUUGUGUUCCUCCUCGCUCUGUGUGUUAGCCCCAGCUAUUACAGAGCUGGGUGGUAUGCUGGCUCUGAUUUGCCCAUGAACUAACCAUUGCUUUUGAGCCAAAUUUGUUUCCUGGUGUGACUUGCCACAAAGCUGCACUAACUUGAAUAUGACCACAACGGAAAGGUUGGGAAAAUGUAGCUGGUAAGGAAGGAUAGAGGCAGAAAAUCUGUCAGGUGAGCAGACUGAAGUCAGGUUGAAAUGAUUAACUAGCAACCCCAGGAACUAGUGACACUGUGGCCUUUGACACUUCAGGUGGUGAUGGAAGUUUAACAGCCCUUUGGCUUUUCUCCUAGCCCAGCCCGAAGCAGCAAGUCACCACACAGGCGAAAAUGAAAAUCGAUCACUUGCUGCUGUACAGAUAUACAGCCAUGUUAACUAAACCCAUUAAACUCCCUAAUAAAAACAAUAAGCUCAGAAAACAGGAAAACUCCUUGCCUAUUGAGGAGACAAUGUCUGUGUUCUGGAAAGAGAUGGACUCGGGCAUUUUUGGCCCAGGAUUUGGUAAGGAAAUUCACAGAUGACUGGUGGGAUUCAUCUCACUUCAUUUAGCUGUCUAAAAGGCCAGCAUUUUCCACACAGCCAUGAAGACUUCCUUGAUGCACAGGAAGAUGGGCACCUUUUGUGACUGCUUUGUCUCAGCUACUUUGGAGUCUGAUUUAGGACAGCAUGAAUUGCCCUCCACAGGUAUCAAUUGCUCUCUCUCUCUCAGCUGCAGAGGUUGUCUGAAUAAUUAGCUUCGAUCAGAGACCUAAUUGUGAGUGGCUAAAGACAGAUAUCUCCUGGUUUACUUUGUCUUCCUUAUGGGUCUAGGUACACAGGUAUCUCUAAAUUCAUUUCCACCAUUACCAUGUCUCUCCAUCAGCUCCUGCAGAGGCACCUUUUCUCCCUGUUGUUUCCAGUCAUAAGCUAUUGUCAGGAUGCGAUAACUCAGAAAAUUGUCAAUAAAAAUA